AUGGAACGCCCGGUGCAGCCACGCCCCAUCCGACGAAGGGUCAACGCCCUCCUCUACGUGAGCCAAAGAAUAGGACCAGAACUCCUUCCCUACCUCCUUCACAACCCCAACCUAAACCUCCGAGUGAUUUCGGAACUCUCGAAGUCCGAGUUCCAACAACAUAUGGCUCCUGGUGUCAGUUUGGACAAUGUACAGUGGAUAGAGAACAAAGCUCAAGAUCCGUAUCGCAACCAAGUCAUGAUGUUGGGACACCGGCUGGCUAAGUGGGCCGAUUUCAUGUUUCUUGCCAUGGAUGCAGGAAUGAUUACCUUGAUGCUGAGCGGUUUCACCACCGACGUUCUUCUCCAUUGUCUGAGGUGCUGGGACGUGUCAAAGAGAAUUGAUCUGUUGCCGGAGUUGAGUAGAGAUCAGUACAGACACCCCAUUUGGAACAGACAAUUGUCCGAAUUCCGGAGGAAGUGGGACUGGGUUCGUGUUUUAUCUCCUGCCAUUUUCGAGUGCUCGGCGAGUGGCACCAGCCUCGCUGAGCUGGGGGCAGAUGAUCUGGAUGAGGACAUCACCCCAGAAUUCCGCUGGCAGUGGGCUGGACCGUCCGAGAUGAUUGAUGCCAUCGAGAGUGAAGCACAAUCGGUCCUACGCGCCACCUCGCUCAAGACAAAUUCGGCAAUGCUGGACUUCCCAACUUCCAAAAACGCUUCUUCGAAACCUCAACUCCCCAGCGAGAUUUGGACCAUGAUUCUGGACCACCUCGGCGACUGGGAACUUGCCACCGCCCUAGGAAUUUUCACACACUUGCCGGUGCCUCACGAAUGGGAGCCGCUCAUUCCACAACCCGGGUCAUCCAAGUCUCCCUCGCUUGAAUACACCAUCCUCACUAGACCUGUAGCUCAGGUCCAAAAAUAUUUCACCACAAACGCUUCCAAUAACCCACCAACCACCUUGUCUCCAAUCGCGACACGACUUAUCUUUCGCUUCUCCAUGACCGACCUGCUGACGUACCUGGCUCUUCAGCAAAAGGACAUCUUCUGGACCUCGUUUGGCCUGGCCCUUCUGCCACACAAGGCCUCUUUGAUCUACAAUUCGCCCACCAUCUUGCAGUGGUGGAAAGAUUGUCCCGCCGUGAUAAAGAAGGAAUAUGGUCCUGAAGCCUUAGAUGGGGCUUCUCGCGCCGGAUUUGUGGAGGUGCUGGAUUGGUGGCUCAAUUCAGGCCUGAAACUCACAUACACCGAAAAGGCCCUGGAGUCGGCGAGUGCCAAAGGGCAUGUGGAGGUGCUUGAGUGGUGGAAGGAGAAUUCUCAAAAACUAGCAGGCACAGACCGCGAGAUGCCGCUCAAGGUCGGCAAGAGCAUCCUUCUCGCAGCGCAGAGCGGCCGGACCAACUCCAUCGAGUGGUGGGAAACGUCAGGCAUCCCGUAUGCACACGAAGACGGGGUCGCCCGGCUCGCUUCCCAACACGGCCACGUCCCCGUACUCGAACUGUGGCAUCGGUUCAAAGGGAGUAAGAUGAUAUUCGACAACCAGGUCCUCGUUGGAGCUACGAAGAAUGGCCAUGCCGGCGUCCUGCAGUGGUGGAAGGACGUCAGCCGGAAGACUGGGCUGAGAGUGGAGUACAAGACGUGCGACAUUGAGGAGGCCAUGGAAGACGCGGUUGGUGGCGGCGGCGAAGGUGAAGUCCGAGAAUGGUGGGCGCGUAACGGCCUGAACUUGGGAGUCGGCACGGGCGAGUGGAUGAGGGUGAAGACGUUAUGA